AUGGAGAAGGCCUUUGAUAGGAUAGAGUGGAGUUUCCUCAUUAAGGUUCUUAGAUGCUUUGGGUUCACCGACGACUUCAUUGACUUAGUUGAUGCAUGUGUUAGGGACAAUCAUUUCUCUUUAUUGGUGAACGGUAGCUCCACACCAUUCUUCACGGCCACAAGAGGUCUACGACAGGGUGAUCCACUAUCACCCACCCUCUUCAUCUUGGUCGAAGAAGUCCUCAGUCGAUCCCUCACUCGAGCGAUCAAUCAAGGACUUAUCCGACCAUACUACUCAAAGAGGGGUUGUCCGAUCAUCUCACACUCCCUCUUUGCUAAUGAUGCGAUACUCUUCCUCAAUGGAUGUAAGACAUCCAUUAGAGGGCUCAUGAGUAUUAUCUCGAGGUAUGAGCGAGCUGCAGGUCAACUCGUAAAUGCCUCGAAGAGUAGCUUCAUGGUAGGCCCUUCUACCCCCAUAGGGACCAUACGACGCAUCCAGGGCCUAACGGGGUUCUCUCGUGGACACUUACCUUUUGACUAUCUAGGAUGUCCUAUCUUCCUCGGCCGUAGGCGCAUACACUAUUUUGACGCCCUAGUGGGCAAGUUGAGGAAGAAACUAGCAGAAUGGAAGAUACAGCUUCUAUCCCCUGGAGGACGGAUCCAGUUGAUACGCCAUGUCCUCAUGAGCAUGCCAUUACACCUUUUGGCAGUCCAUGAGGUACCAGACACCGUCUUACAGUCUAUUAGACGGAUAUGCACGUCCUUCCUUUGGGAUGGACAACUUGAGGGACCUCGUCGCCAACGCCGAGUUUCUUGGGAAAAAGCAUGUCGACCUACGGAUGAGGGUGGCCUAGGUAUUAGGCGCCCUCAAGAUGUACUCAACAUGCUUCAAAAGAAACUCGUUUGGAGGAUGAGGACCACACCAUCGGUGCUAGGCUCUUUUGUGUCAGCCAAAUAUGGUGAGUGGGCCCGACAGCCGGCCGACAUCAAAGGAGUCAAACGAUGGGCAGACUGGCAGCGACAUUGGUUGGAGAUGGUGCCCCUUAUUCGUUGGCGAGUGGGGCGAGGUGCGAUCAGUGCCUGGUACGACACUUGGCUAGAGGACACACCAUUGGCCUGUUUUACCACUUUCACAUCCUCUUGGCCUCGCUUGACGGUAGCCCAGCUUCUCCAAGGAGACACUCGUCUACUUAUUGAGAGGCAUGGACUAUCGUCAGACUUGUUACCAGCCAUCACCAUGACUGAGACGAGUUUUACUGAGGACCAACCCAUCUGGACACUUACCAUAGAUGGCAGUUUCUCUUGUAGCUCCUCUUGGGAGCACUUUAAAAACCGCUCCCCAAAGACAUUUUGGGGAAAUCUCAUAUGGCAUCCAGCCAUCACACCUCGUGUUUCGUUCUUCCUAUGGAAGUUCAUGCACCGAGGACUACCCACCGACGAUCGAGUGAUUGUCACCGAUCAGGAGGUGGAAAGGAGAUGUCAUUGUUGCUCCAUCACGACGGACGAAAGUAUGGAACAUCUAUUUUUCCAUAGUGAUAUCGCUGUCGAGUGUUGGAGUCAACUUCUAGCGAAUUGGCUUCCAAUGCUCUCGUACAGACCUACGAGACCACCACUAGAGGUCUUUAGGAGAGUCAUUGACUCAUUGACGAGUGUCAAGAUUAGUCCCUUCAUCUGUAUCUCCAUAACAUAUAUGUUAUGGGAAAUAUGGAAGGGACAUAACUCAUCUCGAUUUGUAAGCCAAGUGAUGCGUGCCAUAGAGAUUAUGAGGCACAUAACACAAUGGCUUCGAAGUACUCAUUCCUUAGUGCCAAACAAAACGAAACGCUCGCGUUCUAUUUAUGAGGCUUUUGGGCUUUGAGGACUCCAUAUCAUACUUACACAGACCCAGACUACUAUCCGAUCUGUUAGAUGGACACCACCGAGUGUUGGACGGUGGAAACUCAAUAUCGAUGGAGCAUCUCAAGGCAACCCAGGACCAACUAGAGGAGGAGGUAUCCUACGCGAUAGUAUAAGAUGCAUUCUCUUUGUCUUUUCAAACUUUUAUAAUAUACAAACUAAUACUGUGGCAGAGGCUAUGGCAAUACGAGAUGAUUUGCUUCUUUGUGAGGAGCAAAAUAUUACUAAUAUUGUCUUAGAAUCUGAUUCCAGAGUGUUAGUGGACAUAUUACGUGCAGACUCUUGUCCUCAUUGGAGGCUCAAGAAUAUCUAGACAUACAUCAUGCGAUGUCGAGGGCGCAUCACAACCAUUACGCAUCAGUUCCGAGAAGGGAAUCAGACGGCCGACGCCCUUGCUACGUAUGGAGUCAGUUUGCGUCGGAGGACAGUCUUCUCUUCUUGGUAGGACAUGCCCCUCAAAGCCCGAGGUGCUCAUAGACUUGAGCGACUCGGCAUACCCUCUUUACGCAUACACCGCACUCCACUACCGACCCCUCCACGGCAGUGGCGUAUUGCUUGGAGGAGAUCAAGGGUGGUUACUAUUGGCCACUGAAGACCACAAUGGAGAUACAGGUACGUAUUUCCUUUGUUUCUAUUUUCAGGUCUAUCACAAGCCACAACCAUGACAUCAUCAUGGUGCUCACCCCAUACCACCAAUGUGGAAUGCACUUUGCCUAUCAGCACAAGACGGACAACAAGGCACAUCGUAAUCCACUCGGGUACACUACUUCCAAUCAUUACUCUCUUCAUAAUCACCUCACAUCUACUAUCUAUCACCCUCAAGUAGUGAGGACAUAGAACUAUCAGCACAUGUUGGCAUCUGUCCACUUUUGAACUAUAGGUCUAUAGCACAUCAGACCUGCUAACUAGUUGUGAAUCGCCAACCUAGCACCUCUCUCAAGAUCUCAUCAGUACCAUCAGCCAGCUUGAACCCAUGAGAAGGUAAGGAUCUAUAUCCAUAGGAUUGACCCUCUCUCCUCUCUCUCUCUCUCGAUUCUCUAUCUCUUUCUCCCUCCCUUUCUCUCUCUUAAAAAAAAAAAAGAGACAGCCUAGUUCUUUUCCCGAAAUCACUAGCCCAUCAUAGACAAUUAGUGGAGGGUGAGGGACAAGGCCCUCAAAAAAAAAAAAAAAAAAAGAAAAAAAAAAAGAAAAAGGGGGUAACCGACUUCCCUUCCCCUAAUCACUAGCCUAAUAUUCCAAAGGGAAUUACCCUUGUACACCAAAUAAUGGGCAUUAGUGGAGGGUAAAAGAAGAGGCCCUCAAGGAGAGAGAAAGAAGAGAGAGAGAAUAAGAGAAAAGAAAAGAGUUAGAAAAAGAGACCAAGUCAUUCCUCGUGGGGUGAAAGGUCCCUUAUCUACUUAGAGGAAGUACGGCAACUGAUGGUACUAACAAGAUCUUGGCUAGAGGGAUUAGACGCGUGCAACACUAGGAAGGCAAGUUCAUAUUUGGGCUUAUUGUCAUACUCUAGCAUAGUUCUAUCUUCCUCACUGCCCUAACAACUAUUUUCUCACCACUUUAUAUCAUAUUAUUUAUUUCUUAGAACCACUUACUGCAGCAAACUCUUGUCUUGCAGGAACACCUCAUGGCGCACAACAUGGAGGUCUACACGUCCUACUACUGUUGAAAAGAUCUUCCACCUUUCAUGAACUCAAAGGCUCUUUCAGCCCAAUGCAAAUCAACCGCCUUCUUCAAAUAUGAUGAGCACGCUAGAGUCUAUCUCCAGUAUUAUCACAUCCCCUCUUCAAAAGAGGUCUUUAAUUCUCCAUGUCAUCCUCGCCCAUUGUGCGAAUGAGAUCCCACUUAUGUAACCUCAAAAUGAGGUCAAACUUUUAUCACUCAAUCAAAUUUAUUUUUUUUUUUUAAAAAAAAAAAAAAAAAAAAAACCCUAAACCCUAAACCCUAAACCCUAAACCCUAAACCCUAAACCCUAAACCCUAAACCCUAAACCCUAAACCCUAAACCCUAAACCCUAAACCCUAAACCCUAAACCCUAAACCCUAAACCCUAAACCCUAAACCCUAAACCCUAAACCCUAAACCCUAAACCCUAAACCCUAAACCCUAAACCCUAAACCCUAAACCCUAAACAACCCCCUAAGUGGGAGAGUUGCCACCGGAUCCCAUAAGAACUCCGGAGUUAAGCGUGCUCGGGUGGGAGCAGUCACCGGAUGGGUGACCUCCCUGGGAAGUCCCAAGGUACGUGUGCAUGCGUUGCGAGACGCUUGCUCUGCAUGUGCUGAAAGGCGCCGCUGCAUUAUCGUGCCACCAAGCACGUGUUACGAACCCCUCCAACACCAUGCCAAGAUGCUUCAAGUUUCGAAAAACGUGUCGAGAGACACCCCUGCCACCAUGCCGAGAGGCAUAUGUGGCAACCAUCUCACCAUGCCAAGACGCCCCCAGCUCCGAAGAACGUGUCGAGAGGCACCCCUGCCACCAUGCCGAGAGGCAUAUGUGGCUUCCAUCUCAUCAUGCCAAGACGCCUGAGAGGCACCAAAGUGCUUGGGGAUGUGAAGUACCGGGAUGGGUGACCUCCCGAGAAGUUCAGCCCAAGACAGUUAUCCCAAAAAAAAAAAAAAAAAAAAAAAAAAAAAAAAAAAAAACCCUAAACCCUAACCCCUAACCCCCCUAAGUGGGAGAGUUGCCACCGGAUCCCAUAAGAACUCUAGAGUUAAGCGUGCUCGGGUGGGAGCAGUCAUCGAAUGGGUGACCUCCCUGGGAAGUCCCAAGGUACGUGUGCAUGCGUUGCGAGACGCUUGCUUUGCAUGUGCUGAAAGGCACCGCUGCAUUAUCGUGCCGCUAGGCACGUGUUAUGAACCCCUCUAACACCAUGUCAAGAUGCUUCGAGUUUCGAAGAACGUGCCGAGAGGCACCCCUGCCACCAUGCCGAGAGGCAUAUCAUUCGAGUUUUGAGUUUCCAAGAAGUUCGGCCCAAGACAGUUAUCCCAAAAAAAAAAAAAAAAAACCUAAACCCUAAACCCUAAACCCAUUUCAUUUGGUCAACUUUUUUUUCUCUCUUUGCAUGAGCUUCUGUCUCCUCACUAUCAGCGCAAACGGUGAGAUCUCUUUUGUGUGACGUCAGAUCGCGCUGAAACUUUGUUUAUUUGAUUUUGUAGGCCGAUAACUAUCGGUUUCGAGCUAUUAAGCAUCGCAAAUGGUUGAUUAAAGCCUUUGUUUCGCAAUUUCUUCAUCGCGAAGGUAAACUUCUGGAGUUUUCACUCCAAAGGUACUAUCUUUCUAUCGACUGGGUUAAGUUUCAUUAUUUUUAGUUCAAUAGAAUCGUAUUUGCCUUGUUUACCAUUUUCUCUUGUAUAUAAUCUUGAUUGGAUGCUUAGCUGAUGAGUAGCUCAAAGAUUUCAUUGGGUGACCUCCGUCGCCCGAAUGAAAACUCGCCCGACGAAUGCGAGCAACCAGAAGGCCAACACGUGGCAGUAACGGCCUUCUGUCCUUGCCUUCCCUCUCUGUCGGUUGAUGUGACCAAGGAGACGGCCGUAAAUGAGCUGAACGGUCGAACCACGGACGUCCGUGAUUCGACAUCAGCUAGCGUCUUCUCGAGGCCCAAAUCGGAGGGGACAGCAGUUGACACCGUCCACUCUCCCUCUGGGAACGAGGCGACGGCGGGCGAAGAGGCCCCUUCUGAUCCAGCCAUUGAUCGUAUGAUCAACGGUCAGAAUCAGCCGGCUAUAAAGGCCUCAACAGCCGUUACCGAGGCACCGCCCUCAGACGGUGACGGGCACAACGGCCAACUUGAUCCAACCGUUGAUCUUAAAGGCACUGCAACCUUUUGCGGUCGCCGAUGCUUCGGCUGGGACGCUAUUGACGUCAUCAACGUCAGACGCCGCCGACGUUGGCAUCGCACGGAACCCUGCACCAUCACGUGCCAAGCCCUGCUCAGCUGGCACUGUACAAGUGCGGCCCGUGCGAGCCUCCGGCAAGGUGGCUAGCGCUAAGCCGGCCCAAGUAGCGCCAUCUAAGGCCGCUCUAGCCCAGGCCAUGCCGGCCCAGCCCAUCGAGGCUGCGCCGGCUCAGGACGCACCGGCCCAGGCCCAGGUGGCCCAGGCCGAGCCUAAGCAGCCGGCUCAGGCUGCACCGGUCCAAGCUCUUGCCCAAGUAGGCCCAAACCCUAGGUCUACCCAAGGCAACUCAUUUGGGCUCACUGAGGGAAGCCCAAAGGGGCCUGAGCUGGGUGGCCCAAAUGGGCCCACCCAAGGCACACUUGAGCCUACUCAAGGUACGCCACCUGUGCCUACUAAAGGAGGCCCAAAGGAGCUUGAACUGGGUGGCCCAAAGGAGCCAAAUGGGCCCACCAAAGGAGGCCCAGAUGGGCUCACCCAGGAUAGUCUUGGACCGAUCCAUGGUGACCCUAAUAGACUUAUCUUGAAGAAGUCUAGGGGCAAGAGCCUGUGGCCCAAAAAGAGGAUAGGACGCCGACCUUUACGCCCACCCUCGGCCAUGUCCUCUAGGCCUGCCCCGAGUCAACAGAUUGGGCCAAUUUUACCCCUACCUAUAGGGCCCCCUAGGCUCUCCCACACUGGGCCCCUCGAACUAGCUAGGAUCCCAGCACUAAUUGAGACCUCUAUACUGGCCCUGAACACAUCCCUUGGGCACAUUAUAUCUACACCUAGUGGGCUGGACACUAUUGUGCCCCAUAGGCCAAACCCGACUAUGCCCACUGGACACCUAUCAUAAGUGCAACAAGUGUCUAGACCCUCUAUCCCCUCCAUAGAGACUGUCACGCCACAUGGACCAAUGCAUCAGAUACUAUUCCCAUUCUAUAAUACCACUGUCCCAGUGCGAGGCUAUAGCAAGGAUGAUGGGAUGAGGAUCAUAGCUUUUACUCAUGAAGAGGUCUCACAGAUGGCAGCCGCAUUCCGACAUACUUUAGUUGGUUGUUUCACUAUGAAACGACCAACCAUAGGUGACAUAGAGAGGAUUUACUUGGCACCUGGAAAUUUCCAAGGUCGAGUCUCCAUCGGAGCUCGAGACUAUCGUAGUGUAUACAUCCGCUUUGAGCUAGAAGCAGACUAUCGUCGAGCAUAGAGCCGACCCACUUGGACAGUGGGAGAGUUUACCCUCCAUACCCAUAGAUGGACACCGCAAACCGACAUAGGGUAUCGAGCACAUCAGCCCCAUGCGGUUCCAUUAUGGGUGGGCUUCUCAUACCUAUUUCCUCAUUUAUUUACGCCAAAGGCACUUGAGUCUUUGGUAAAUGCGGUGGGAACAUUCAUAUGCCUUGACCCAAGCAUAAAAAUGUUCAACCGACCAGGAUACACACAAGUUUGUAUAGAGGUGGACCUAAUGGCCCCUCUACAGAGGACUCUCAUUAUACGUUGUGAAGAUGAUGAGCUCUACCAGCCUAUCAUUUACGAGAGAUUACCAUAUUUCUGCACAUAUUGUGCUAUCUUGGGCCACACUGUCAGCACAUGCCGUCAGAAGGCAGGUACACCACAGGUGACCACACGAGCCUUUUUAGUACGGAUCUCAUAUGACGAUUACCUCGUCGAAAUGAGAAAGGAUGCUCAGAGUGCUUGUCAUCCUCAGAGGUCGAUUGCCCCUAUGGCGGCUCCACCUUCCCUACCUCGGAAGUCACUAGAGUAGCCUAGUUUAGUGAUUGAGACAACAUGCACGGCGAAAGCCAGCAGCUGGAUGCCCUUCUUCCACACACACAGGGGGGAAGAAAGGAACACAAGAGGCUACACCUUCCCCUUUAGGCAAGGGAAAGAAACCCCUGACCUCAAACACCUUCGAGGUCUUAGAGGCUUUAGAUGAGAGAGACUUUGAGGGACCUACACAGAGGGAAACUAGGCCUUCCAAAGGGCUAGCAUCCCCCACUACGAGGGACUCACCUAGUCAAAUCCCACAUACUAGAUCCCCCCGGGCUAUCUGACCCCCCAUACUCACCCACCCCACUCCACCCAUUCGUAUCUCUCUGACGAGACUAAAUCGUAUGGUCGUUGAAUGCACAUGAUUCAGUGUCAAAAAAAAGUCCUAAUCUUACCAAUUUAUGAUUAAUCAAAGUAAUUAAUUAGUAUAAUGGUAAUUAAGGGUCGAAUCUACGGAGAAUUAGGGAAAUUUGAGAGAUAUCUUUGAAAUUCGGUCAAAUCAGACGAUGAAAUUAGGUUAGAAAUUGGGUAAUUUAGUAUAUUAAGAAAGAUAACUCGAUUUCUAAUCCACGGAAUCAAAAAUCAGGUGAUUUGGAUGAGAAUUCGAAGAGUAAUCAAAGUUUGAAGUUAAGAGAAAUUUUCGUAUCACGAAAUGAUUAAAAACAGAAAUUAAAACUAAAUUAAACUUAAUCUACAAUACUUAAAGUAAAAUUAACACUAAAUGAUGAAAGAUUAAGAUGAAAACAAACAAUCUACCUCAAAUUAGCCUUCAAAAUGAUCCAAUUAAUCGCCGGAUGCAAGGCUUUUCAUUCCGAAUUUUCGAAGACGAAAGAGGAGUUCAAGACUUGAUUUCUUCCAAUUCUUUCAAUAAAACAUUGAAAUUAAACAUCCAACAGAAGCGGAAAUGAGUUUCAAACACAAUGAAAAAGAUGGCGUGCGAAUUGGAGCUCUAAACAAAGAGAAUUUGAAGGUUGAUCGCGGGCAGUUCUUCCGUCGUGAAGAACGGAUUUUAUAAAAUUCGGAAAUGAUCGUGGUCGUCCGAUCUGAUGGAGUUGAUCGCAAUGGACGAUCGUGAUGAGACGCCUCUUCACGAAUCGUCGCGACGAUUCGACGAUCGUCCGAUCGUGAUCGUGCGGUUAAGAUGUGAUUGGAUGUCCAUCUGAUGUGAAUAAUCUGGACCGUUAUAACUCUCGAUCAUACGAUCGCGAUUUAUUCACUUAAGUGAGUAUUUAGGCACGUGGUUGAUCUCUGAUCGCGUGGACCUCGAUUCCACGUGAUCUACGCAUGCUAUUUGUCGCGAUGUCGAUCAGACGCACGAGAUCACGCCACGCGUCCUGCACAUAAGAAAACUAAGGGACUUUAGUCCCAUACGGGAAAAACAAAGAAGUAUAUUCGGGUAUAUAAGAUAUGACGAUUAAGAGGGAUUAAUACUUUGUCUUCCGAUAAUCGGAAGACCUAUAUACUUUAUUAAAUAAAUAUAUAUAGUAAAUAUAAGUACGCCACGUGUCACAUCAGCGCCACGCAGGCACCCGCGUGCUGUCCACAUGGCAGAGCCACGUGGCCCCGAGUACCACGUCGCAUCCACGUGUACACGCGCGACAUAUAACCCCUUUUUUCGAUUUUUUUAAUUAAUUUAAAACAUUUAAAAAUCGAAAAUAAAUAUAAAUAAAUUCAGAAAAAUUCCAGAAAAUUCUAUAAAAUUGUAAAAAUCAUAACUUUCAAAAUACGACUCCAAAUUAAUUCAAAUUUGUUUUUUUGGAUUCAAAAUUGAAUAAUCUAUCAUUAUAAAAGGUCAAAUUAUUAAAAUAAGAAGAGAAUAAAUUUUAAUUAAUUUUAUACAUUUAUGUAUUAUAUAAAAUAAAUUUAUAUAAAUACAUAAAUGUUAAUAAAUAUCUUUUCUCUCAUAUUUUCACUCUUAAAACAUGAUUAUGAUCAUAAAUAUAAUUAGGAUUAAAGAUUGUAAUGUGUAAUUAUUUAUAAUAAUCCAUAAUUUGGUGUAUUUUAAGAUCAUAACAUGAAUUUACACAAAAUGAUAGAAAUAUACUUAAAAUAUGAUAACAUGCAUAUAUUUGUAAUGAUUAAUGCCUUAAUUUGCAUUAAUAAUUAUAUAAUUACAUGCAUAAAUAGCAUGUUAUCACUCUCCACCACCCAGCUUCUCUUCACCCAUUCGCUCUUCCCCACGUAGCAGGAGUCCUUCACCUCUUAAUCUCCACCGACCAAGGUCUACCCCUUUCUCUGAGGGUAUAGGCUUGGGCACUACCCAUCUCCCUCAGAUCCCCAUCGAGGAUCUACUAGGAGGGCCUAACCCCAGCAGACCUCCUAUUAGUACAUCUUACGUAGCCCCCCCUUCUGAUUCUUAUACCCUCCCCCCCUCUCCCCCACCACACUCGCCAGAUCAGUUUCCUAUACUUGAUCCACCACCCACUGAUUCUAGGGAGAGCCCUGAUAGAGGACAAUGCUUGAUGAAUCGUCAAGCACUGCACCCAUCCUCCCCAUCUAGUGUUCAUGAUACUAGUGGCCACAUGACUAGUACCCAUGAGGAUGGUGGAUCUGAGACUGACAUUGAGACUUCCUACCUAGAGGAGGGAUAUCAGAUAGAGGCUAGGACCACACGACUCCCUAGAUGCUCACCUUACUCCACGAGAUCUAGGACUCGUGGGGCCACUCAUUAGAUCAUGAUACCUAGCAUCAUACGGAAUUGUCGGGGUAUAGGUAACCUCGAAACCCAAUUCUAUAUAGGUAGCCUUAUCAGAUAGUACCGACUAGGUAUAGUAGGUCUCAUUGAGCUCAUGAUAUCAUCAGAUCGUAUCCAACCCUUACUUAGGCGAUUGGGUAUGGAUCAUUUUCACUCCAACCCCACGAAUCAUAUUUGGCUCUUUUGGACUAGACCAUACUCUAUGGAGUUGCUAGUCGAGGGAUCCCAGCAUAUCACUAUAACGGUUCGAGAUCUCAACCAAGUGUUCACCUUCUCGGUCAUCUAUAUAUCACAUAGAUCCGAAGAAAGGGAAACUCUUUGGGCAAACCUAGUUCAGUACGUGAGGGACUACCCUACACUAGUUGAGUCUCUUUGGUACCUAGUAGGUGACUUCAACUGUGUUCGUAUUACUAGUGAACGUCAAGGUGGGUGGAUCCCUAGGGCACGUAACAUAGAAACGUUCAAUGACUGCAUUUUUUGAUUAGCUCUUAUUGAGCCACCUACAUCAGGCGAGGCAUGGACAUGGAGCAACAAUCGAGGGGAUGCUUUGAUUUAUGAGCGUAUCGAUCGCUGCUUCAUCAACAACAUCGCCAUGGUGCGACAUCCCAUAUUAGUCACGAUAUUACCUCGUUAUAGGUCAGAUCACAUUCCGAUCCUCAUACUCCCUAAACAGAGUAUGAGCACCCACAGACCUCCCUUCAGAUUUCAGAUCAUGUGGCUCCAACAUGAAGACUUUCAGAGUUUCGUACGGAAUCACUGGUACGGACAUAUCUCAUAUUCUCCUAUGGAGAACCUUAGCUAUCGAUUAAGGAAUCUCAAACUCCACCUUAAAUGGUGGAACCGACAUAUCUAUGGGAAUGUCUAUACCCAGGUUGAUCCAUUGCAAAAAGAGUUAGCAGAGGUUGAAAGACUACUACAAGCUAGAUAUUCAGAUGCUGCCUGAGAAAAGAGGAGUAGAGUGAGCGACCAGCUUGAUGAGGUUGUGCGACGACAGGAGUUAUUCUAUCUCUAGAAAUCACGCAUCCAGUGGUUACAAGAGGGUGAUAGAAACACUCAUUUCUUUCAUGCCUUGGUCGCUCACCGCUCACGUUCAGAUUAUACCUCUCUUUUAGAGACAUAUGAUUAGGACCUUUCCCACAUGCAGGAGGCAGGAGUUGAGUACUUUUGUACUCUCUUAACCUCUCAGCCGAUCGAGAUUUCUGAUGAUAUGCUCACUUCGAUCCCAUCAUUGGUCACUCACCAUGAGAGCUCUCUCACGACGGCCAUACCCACGGGAGAAGAGAUCAAGGAAGUAGUUUUCUCUAUGACCAUACAUCGUGCACCCGGGCCCGAUGGUUUCCCAACUGAUUUUUACAUUUCAUGUUGGGAUAUCGUUGGCACUGAUCUGAUCCAGGCUAUCAAGGAAAUCUUUCGUCGUAAAGUCUUUACAUGGAGUUGGAAGGCCACCUUCCUUGCACUUAUACCGAAGGUGACUACCCCAACCUCAUUUAGAGACUUUUGACCUAUCAAUUUAUGUAACGUGUGUUAUAAAGUUGUAUCUAAGAUCGUUACACGUAGAUUGAGUAGUUUCCUUGAUAGACUUAUAUCUCCAGAGUAAUGCGGAUUUGUUAAGAGACAGCACAUUCACGAUAACAUCAUGCUAGUAUAUGAACUAGCACAGUCCCUUGGCUAUGACUGUCGAGACUCCAACAUCAUCAUUAAAUUAGACAUAGAGAAGGCCUUUGAUAGGAUAGAGUGGAGUUUCCUCAUUAAGGUUCUUAGACGCUUUGGGUUCACUGACGACUUCAUUGACUUAGUCGAUGCAUGUGUUAGGGACAAUCAUUUCUCUUUAUUGGUGAACGGUAGCUCCACACCAUUUUUCACGGCCAUGAGAGGUCUACGACAGGGCGAUCCACUAUCACCCACCCUCUUCAUCUUGGUCGAAGAAGUCCUCAGUCGAUCUCUCACCCGAGCAAUCAAUCAAGGACUUAUCCAACCAUACUACUCGAAGAGGGGUUGUCCGAUCAUCUCAUACUCCCUCUUUACUGAUGAUGCAAUACUCUUCCUCAAUGGAUGUGAGACAUCUAUUAGAGGGCUCAUGAGUAUUAUCUCGAGGUAUGAGCGAGUUGCAGGUCAACUCAUAAAUGCCUCAAAGAGUAGCUUCAUGGUAGGCCCUUCUACCCCCAUAGGGACCAUACGACACAUCUAGGGCCUAAUAGGAUUCUCUCAUGGACACUUACCUUUUGACUACCUAGGAUGUCCUAUCUUCCUCGGCCGUAGGCGCAUACACUAUUUUGACGCCCUAGUAGGCAAGUUGAGGAAGAAACUAGCAGGAUGGAAGUUACAACUUUUAUCCCCUGGAGGACGGAUCCAGUUGAUACGCCACAUCUUCAUGAGCAUGCCAUUACACCUUUUAGCAGUCCAUGAGGUACCAGACACCAUCUUACAAACUAUUAGAUGGCUAUGCACGUCCUUCCUUUGGGAUGGACAACUUGAGGGACCUCGUCGCCAAUGUCGAGUUUCUUGGGAGAAAGCAUGUCGACCUACGGAUGAGGGUGACCUAAGUAUUAGGCGCCCUCAAGAUGUACUCAACAUGUUUCAAAAGAAACUCGUUUGGAGGAUGAGGACCACACCAUCGGUGCUAGGCUCUUUUGUGUCAGCCAAAUAUGGCAAGUGGGCUCGACAGCCGGCCGACAUGAAAGGAGUCAAACGAUGGGCGGACUAGUAGAGACAUUGGUUAGAGAUGGUGCCCCUUAUUCAUUGGCGAGUGGGGCGAGGCGCGAUCAGUGCUUGGUACGACACUUGGCUAGAGGACACACCAUUGGCCAGGUUUACCACUUUCACAUCCUCUUGGCCUCACUUGACGGUAGCCCAGCUUCUCCAAGGAGACACUCAUCUACUUAUUGAGAGGCAUAGACUACCGUCGAACUUGUUACCAACCAUCACCAUGAUUAAGACGAGUCCUACUGAGGACCAACCCAUCUGGACACUUACCAUAGAUGGUAGUUUCUCUUGUAGCUCCUCUUGGGAGCACUUUAGAAACCGCUCCCCAAAGACAUUUUGGGGAAAUCUCAUAUGGCAUCUGGCCAUCACACCUUGUGUUUCAUUCUUCCUAUGGAAGUUCAUGCACCGAGGACUACCCACCGACGAUUGA